UGGUUUAUAAAGCGAAGGCUUAUCACUUUCAAAUUUUAAAUUACUAACAUCAAUAUUAUACAAUAAUAGGUAGUAUUAUACAUUAAUACACAUUUAGUAUUACAUUGUCUAUGAUACAUUGGUACACCGUACUAUAUCGUCUACAUCACACGUGUUAUUCCAAUAAUCUAUGAUAAUACAUUAUAUUUUAUAUUUUUGCGAAUUAAUCAGCUUAUUACUUUUUAAUUAUACCUAGACACCUGGUACAUACAGUUUUUAUUGUUACAAUGACUUUAAAUUUUAUAACAGAAACCGAUUCGUCGGACUCGAGUUCGGAAAACGGAGAAACUUCAGGUAAUUCAAGUUUUAAUGAAGAAGACAGUUUGGAUGAAGAUGAAGUUAUUGACAUCAAUGAACAACCAGUGUUUGAUAGCUCUAAAGAAAUAAAUUAUAAAACUAAAUACAAACAAACUUUUGAAGAAGUCAUCAGUUCAGAUGAUGUUUAUAUUUUGAAUUUGGAUGUACACAAAAUCGGACAAUCACUAAGAGUAGCAACAGCGCUCUCCAAUUUUACUUGUAAUAUCUUUGAUAUUGAUGCUGAAUCAAAGUCUACUAGAGCAUGCUUGGAGCAUGAUAAAAAAAUUGUUGAUGUCAAAUUUGGUUCAAGUAGUACUCAAUUAUCUUCCAUUGUUUACACAGGCUCUGAAGAUGGAACUAUUAAACUUUGGGAUUUACGUUUAAAAGAAAAAUGUGUUUCAGUUUUCAAAGAUGAUACUGAUGCUGAACUGAAACCAUUGUCUUGUUUUGAUGUAUCUUGUGAUGGAAGAUUCUUAGUUGCUGGAACAGAAGUGUUUAAAGACGAUGCUUUCUUAUUAUUUUGGGAUAUUCGGACUACUAACCUACUUGGUGGUUAUUGGGAUACUCAUCAAGAAGAUAUUACACAGGUGAAAUUUCAUCCUACUGAAGACAAAACUGUAAUUAGUGGAUCUACUGAUGGUAUUAUAAACUUAUUUGAUGUUACUCAAACCACUGAGCAAGAUGCUCUUCAAUUAAGUUUUAAUACAAACUCAUCUAUUGCAAAUUUAAGAUGGUUUAAAAAUAAAAAUGAUGAUUCAAUCAUAUCUUGUAUUACACAUACAGAAGAUGUACAAUUAUGGCACACUACUGAUUCUUCUCCGUAUAGUAUUAUUCCCAGAGAUACAAUUAGUAGUUCAAUGAAUGUAAAACCUGAUUUAUUUAGUCAAAUAAUCAAUUGUCACCAAACAAAUGAAAAUGGAAAUAUUAUGUUGCUAGUUGGAAAUGAUAAUAGCAGAGGAGAACACUUGCAAUCACUUGAUAUAAUAAAUGAUGGUCCUGAAUUGUCACCUAGAAGUUUAUUUAAAAAUAAUAAACAAAUUGUUAGAUGCAGUUGGUAUGAUUAUAAUUAUGGUAUAUUGCUUACUGGUGGUGAAGCUGGUAUACUAAAUGUAUGGGUUCCAAGUGAUGAUGAAAAUAAUUCAAUUGAUAAUACUGGUAAAUGUACAUUAAAAGAGUUGCCAAAAGUAAGCCUGAAAAAUCAUUCUUCUAAACCAUAUUAGUUUGAUUUAAGGCAUUUUUAAUUUUAGAUUAUCAAAAAGUAUGUCUUCUGUGUUAAAAUAAACAGUAUGAACUAUAAAA